UCAGUGGAUCAUCGACGGAGAGCUGGAAGUGUCCAUCUGGUUCCAACUUCUUAUUUCAUAGAUGGAAACAGAGCUGGAAAGGACCUUAUUGUACAACUCCCUCAUUAUACAGAUGUGGAAACUGAGCCUGGUAAAGUUAAGUGAUUUGCCCAGUCAGACUCAUUCAGCUGGUAAUUGUCUGAAUUAGGAUCUCCGACUCUAAGAGGAGCCCUUUCCUAUCUGUGCCUUCCCAGGCUGCUUCCCUCCCCCCCAUCCUCCCAUAGAAUGUUCCUGAGUCCCUCGGCCUUGCUCUCACUCUUUUCUCCCCUCCCCCACCGCAGAAUGCCCUGGUUUCUAGGUUCCAGUUCUGUUUUGAUUCAAUCUUUUCCCUUCUGCUACCCUCAAUUCUUGGGCAGCUACUGUAACCAGGUGGCCCUCCGGGCUCUGGACCUGACCCUUGUCCCAUCCUGGAGGCUGCUAGGCAGCCCCGAUUAGUGCCCAAGCCAGAGGGCCCAGUCUCAGAUGGAGCUCCUCCAUUGUCUGGACCUGAAAUGACCCCGAAGUCCGGCCCUGUCCCACCCUGUACUUCACUUCCAUUACCCCCACCCCCUCCAGGACCAUCAGACAAGCCUCCUUGGGAGCCAUCACCCCAAGCUCCCAUUUCUUCACCAUUCCCUCCUGGUAGCCCUCUGGUUCUGUCUGCUUUCCCUAGUACACUGCUGGUGACAGGGGAUGGGGGAGCAGGCCCUAGUGGGGGCGGGGCUGGCAAGGUCAUCGUCAAAGUCAAGACAGAGGGUGGUCCAGCGGAGGCCCCCCGAACUCAGACCUUUAUCCUUACUCAGACUGCCCUCAACUGGAUUGCCCCAGGUCCUCCCCGUGGGGGCCCUGAAGGACCCACUCCCCGGUUCCUGGCAGCCACCAAUGUCAAGACCAUUCUUCUUGCAAAGGCUGUUGGGGUGGCCCAGGCUGGUGAAGGAGAGGGACCCCCAACCCAUCCUCCCCUCGCCCCACCACCCACUGCCCAGCUAGCCCCUAUUGUACCCCCAGAAAAGGCUUGGCGGGGGCCAGAUGGCACUCCUGGAGAGGGAGGCCCACCCCCUCCUCGGCCCAAACCCUCUCUGGGUGACCUUUCCUGCACCUCCAAGGGUGUAUAUGAGAAUUUUCGUCGCUGGCAACGUUACAAGGCACUGGCCCGGAGACAUCUACCCCGGAGCCCUGAUGCAGAAGCCCUUUCCUGCUUCCUCAUCCCAGUGCUUCGUUCGUUGGCCCGGCUAAAGCCAGCGAUGACCCUGGAGGAUGGACUGCCACGGGCGGUGCAGGAGUGGGAGCGCAGUAGCAACUUUGACCGAAUGAUCUUCUACGAGAUGGCAGAAAAGUUCAUGGAGUUUGAGGCUGAGGAGGAAAUGCAGAUUCAGAAGGUGCAACUGAUGAGUGGGUCUCAGUGCUUGCCUCCUCCAGCCCCCCCUAAGCUUGAUCCCCCAGGACCCUCAGUCCCUGAGAUAUGUCAGCAACAAGUUUACAUCCCAAAGAAGGCAGCUUCUAAGAGUCGACCCCCCCGCCGUCGCCAACGCCGACCCCCUCGCCCUUCUGCCCCUGAAGCACCCAAAGAGAUCCCACCAGAAGCUGUGAAGCAGUAUGCUGACAUCAUGGCGGGGCUGGUAGGAGUUCCCCAUGCUGCCACUGGGGAACCAGAGGGGAAACAUGAUGAUGAAGAAGAGGAGGAGGAGGAGGAUGAAGAGGAGGCCUAUCCUGAUCCUGGACUGCUGAGUUACAUUGAGGAGCUGUGUGCUCAGGAUGUCUUUGUUUCCAAGGUUGAGGCAGUGAUUCAUCCUAGGUUUUUGGCAGAGGUGCUGUCUCCAGAGCAACAGAGGGAUCCCCUGGCCUUAAGCGAGGAACUAGAACAGGAAGAAGGACUCACUCCCACUCAGCUAGUGCAAAAGCGGCUAUUGGCAUUGGAAGAGGAAGAGGAAGAGGAGCCCCCAAGCUGCAGUGGAGCCCAAUCAGACUCUAGUCCUUCUCCAUCUGAUGAGGAGGAAGAUGGGGGUGGGCGGCUUCGACCCUCACCUGGGGCUCGUAUGGCUGGGGGCAUUGUCCGCCUGGGGAAGACGGUUUCUCCAGAAAAACGGGCAAGGGGAGAAGGACAUGGGCAGGACAGGGCAGCAGAAGGCCCAAGGGGAGUAGGAAGGGAAGGUAAUGCUUUGUCAUCCCCUAGUAGCUGGGACCUUCGACUAGACAUCUCCACUCCACGAGUAACUAGGGGCCUUUUAGGGGUGGAGGGCAGAGGGUCGGGGAAAGGUACUGCCCUGGUGUCUUUGUAUCAGGAAGGCAACUCAGGAGGGCCUGGAGACCAAGGGGACCAUUUGGUGACUGAGGGGAUCCUAGAAUCCUCUCCCCACAGCUGGCAAAAAGGACCUCAUUUGGAGGGAGCCACCCAUUUGGAGGCUGGACCUCCAGAACCAGUUGAUUUCACUACUUCUUCACAAGAUCAGGGAAUGGGACAACAGGUCACCGGUCUCAGGAAGGGGUGCCAGGUGACAGGUCUUGGGAUGCUUCCUCAAGGGAAGGAGCCAUCUUCUGCUUCCCAGGAAGAGACUGUGGUGGGGACUUCUUGGAGAGAUGAUAGAGGAGCUCCCAUGAUCAAAGGCGUGAGCCAGAGCCCCUCCUCCAGAGCAGCUGGGGAUAGGGAGAGGACCCCAUUCAGCUCAGCCCCUUGGGUGAGUAGCAAGGGGGACUUCACAAAUUUGGAAGUGUUCCCAGAACAGACUGAGGGGAUCAGAAAAAUAUCUCAGUAUGUAGAGUACAUAACAGAGUUUCAGGGAGACUGCCAUGCUCUACUACCACAAAGCCACAUUUCUUCCUUGGGCCACAGAGGAAUACUUGAGGACACAGAAAAAAGUUUUGCCUCGUCUGAGGACAAAAAUGACAUAAGUCCCCUAGAAAAUGGUAACUACUACAAUCUUUCAGAGCUCCUGAGGGCCAGCAGCCCCAUUUUAGGGAUUGAAGGACACAUCUUUGGAAAUGGAACGGAUCUUAGUGAUUUGUAUCCUGAAGGUAACUCCUCAAUAGAGGGAAAAAAUGGUGCCUCCAACCUGGAGUCUGCCAAAAACACACUCUCCCCUAGAUGUCAAGAACGUGACCUACUGUUGGGGUCUGGAGAAGGUUCCUCUUUUCCAGGGAUGGGGUAUGAUGUUAGUAUAAGUGGCAGUAAAGCAAACUCAGGUUCUCCUGUUCGGGAAACCACAGAGAAUGGCAAUUUACUGGCUAUCAGAGACGACCAUGACCUCCAAUUAAUUAUUGGAGUUAACUCAAGUUCACCAAACGGUGCAUGUCACGAAUGCCAAAGAGCGAGCAGAGAGGAGCUUAGCCUACUAAAGUGCAAAGACACAAGUCUCUCAGCAGGGACCAAAGGUGACUCUCACACACCAGAGUCCCAAGAACCAAUCUCCUCUAAUCAGUGUCUUGGGGACACCCCCCCAACCCCAGAAACUAGUGACCCUGUGGUUCUUGGAGAAACCUCGUCAGGAAAAGAAACACCUAGACCCACAGAUAGGGAUGGUAAAGAACAAGAGGAGGAAGAGGAUGAUGAUGAACUUUCUAACUUUGCUUUCCUCUUGGCCUCUAAACUUAGUUUGACCUCAGAGGGGUUGCCCCUUAGUCCUCUACCUGCCCCUACAGAGGUUACGGAUCGAGCAUCCCCCUCACCAUCUCCAGAGGCUUUGCCCGUACCCAAGUCUGGGAAACGUGCUCUGAGCAGUGAACGGUCCCCUGCAGAAAAAAGGCCCUGCCGGGGGGGUGAAGUAGCUGUCUCUGGGGAACUGCCCUUGAAUUUGGGGGAAGAACCGACUGUAAAGCCCCGAAAAAGGCGCCGUGAGGGUCAUGUCCCAGGGAGGAGGAAGAAGCGAAGGAGGAGCUUGUAGGGGGCAGCCACAUGGCCCAGCCCAUGAGGAGUUAUUCUCCAGGCAUGGGUUCUCAGAGUGGAUCUGGGCCCUGCUGCACUCGGUCAGAGCUCUCUAAUCUUCUCAGCCAUUCUUUUCUGGCUGCUCUAUAAAUAUGAUGAGGUUUGGGAGAGGUCAGCAAUUGACCUGCAUGGAGAUGACCACCUCAGUGAGAAGUGAGAUGUGAGAGGACCCUCGGGAGAGCUUUAUGAGAAAGUGAAUUAAAGACAUCCCUGUUGGAAAUGGUCUGCAGUGAAUCUGUCUUUUGUUCUGUCUUUGCUGCCAGGGGAACUGAGGCAGAGUAGAGGAAGGGAGACAUCACAGGGGAUCCCAGGUUCUAUGUGUGCACAGAGGAUAUGGGAUCCUGUCCUCCAGCCUCGUGCUCUCUCCCUGCAGCCGUCAUCAGGAGAGAACAGGUUGGCUUCCAUGUCCAUCUCCUGGGUUUGAUAGGGUUCUUCAGGUAUUUCAUCCAUCCCCUUUCCCAACCCCUGACAGAUGACAGCCCUAUGCUGAGAUAGCUCUAAGAGGAGUCAACUGGCCUCACUGCAUCAUCUGUCUUCAUGUCUUACAGUCCUCACCAAUGCUCUCAUCCUCUGCUCCUCCUUUCCCUCUCCAAAGGCUGCUGUCAGCUGUGCUGUGGGCCGCCUUCUAUUUCUUACCUCUACAUCCACAAGGCUGCAAGGCUGGGAGGCUGUAAGCCAGAGGACUUUGAGCCUGGGGAAGAAGAGAGUUUUGAU